CAGCCCAGUUCAACUCACUGGCUAAGAUUCGCCGCGCUCUCUCUAAUCUCUCCCUCUCUGACGGUGAAUGCUGUGAACAUGCAAACCCUAGCCAUUUCUCAUCGAUUGGCUCCGUCAAGUCACCGGCUAUCUCACGCGCCGGUCACCCCCAUUACCAGCCGAAGCUCGAGCUAUUCGCUUGCGGUCCGCUUCCGUACAAUCCAAUGCUGCUCUAUCCACUCUCCAUCUCCAGUUACGGAACAAAUAAAGUUCGUUGAAGCUGCGAGAGAUGGGAACUUAAUCCCGAUUCACAAAUGCAUUUUCUCCGAUCACUUAACUCCUGUGCUUGCUUACCGGUGUUUGGUUAGAGAAGACGAUCGAGAAGCUCCUAGCUUUCUUUUUGAGUCUGUUGAGCCUGGUUUUCGAGCUUCUAGUGUAGGUCGUUAUAGCGUGGUCGGUGCUCAGCCAGCAAUGGAAAUUGUGGCAAAAGAAAAUAAAGUUACCAUAUUGGAUCACGAGGAAGGGAGCUUCACUGAGAAGGUUGUGGAUGAUCCGCUGACGAUUGCAAGAAGUAUUUCAGAGGCUUGGAAACCCCAACUCCUUGAUGAACUUCCUGAUACAUUUUGUGGUGGUUGGGUUGGUUAUUUCUCGUAUGAUACAGUAAGAUAUGUUGAGAAUAAGAAGCUUCCAUUCUCGGGGGCACCAAAGGAUGACAGGAACCUUGCUGACAUUCAUCUUGGACUCUAUGAUGACGUAGUUGUGUUUGAUCAUGUACAGAAGAAAGCGUAUGUGAUCCAUUGGGUGCGGCUAGAUAGAUAUUCAUGUGCUGAAAAGGCUUAUAUUGGUGGAAUGAAACGCUUGCAAAUGUUGUUGUCCAGAAUACAAGCCAUUGAUCUCCCAAGGCUGUCUCCAGGUUCUGUGGAUUUCUGCGCUCACCGUUUUGGACCAUCUCUUAACAUGGCUAACAUGACAGGCAUAGAAUACAAGGAUGCAGUUCUACAGGCAAAAGAGCAUAUUCUUGCAGGGGAUAUUUUUCAGAUCGUAUUAAGUCAACGCUUUGAACGCAGAACAUUUGCCGACCCUUUUGAAGUCUACAGAGCAUUGAGAGUUGUGAAUCCAAGUCCAUAUAUGACUUACUUGCAAGCUAGAGGGUGUAUUUUGGUCGCUUCAAGCCCAGAAAUUCUUACACGAAUAAAGAAGAAGCGGAUUGUUAGUCGACCAUUGGCUGGGACUGUAAGAAGAGGGAAGACACCCCAUGAAGAUGAAAUGUUGGAAAUGCAGCUGCUAAAAGAUGACAAGCAAUGUGCAGAACACAUCAUGCUGGUUGAUUUGGGACGAAAUGAUGUUGGAAAGGUAUCAAAACCUGGUUCCGUGAAUGUUGAAAAGCUUAUGUCUGUUGAACGGUAUUCCCAUGUGAUGCACAUCAGCUCCACGGUGACAGGGGAGUUGCUUGAUCAUCUUACUUGCUGGGAUGCCCUAAGUGCUGCUUUGCCUGUUGGAACAGUUAGUGGAGCACCAAAGGUGAAGGCCAUGGAGUUGAUUGAUCAGUUGGAAGUAGCAAGACGAGGGCCUUACAGUGGUGGAUUUGGCGGCAUUUCAUUUUCUGGUGACAUGGACAUUGCACUCUCUCUCAGGACCAUUGUAUUCCCGACUGGAGCCCGUUAUGACACAAUGUACUCAUACAAGGACGCCAACAGGCGGCAAGAAUGGGUUGCUCACCUUCAAGCUGGAGCCGGAAUUGUGGCCGACAGUGUUCCCGAUGACGAGCAGAUUGAGUGUGAAAACAAAGCUGCUGGUCUUGCUUGUGCCAUCGAGUUGGCGGAGUCGGCUUUUGUAAAUAAAGGGAUUGCUGUGCCAGCCAAUGUGAACAGGUCAUUUGCUACCCAAUUUUCAGCAACGCAAACUCGUCUCGUGGGUUAGACCAUGAGUUACUUGGGUGGCAACAAGUCAAAGUAAGGAAAAAAAAAAGUAACACCAAAAGUAGAACAUCGGGCCAAGGCAUCAAGAAUUUGCUCUUGGAUCAUAGAAAUGUAAUGUCCUAGAGCAUGGUGCCUGUUAUAAAUUGCGGAAUUGUACAGGUUUGAACUAAAAAAGAUGGAUGGAAUAUUGUCAGCUGGGAAUGAAAGAGAGCAAAAUAUGAAGCCUUUGCGCCUUUUUUGUUUGUAAUUAUAUGAAGCCUGGUGUGGUUGAUAAUCGAG